GUCAAACCCAUUAGUCUAAUUCCAUAGCUGAGGCCUGAUUGCAUCAUCCUCUCUUUUAUGUCCAGUCAAACCCUAACCAGGGUUUAAGCGAUCUUUCAUUUUCCCUCAAUUUCUUUUUAUUUUUCAAUUAAAAUUUCCCUCUUGAUCCUUUUCAGAUAACUCAUCUAAUUUCCGAAGCAAGGUCUGACGUUUAAGAAAAGUGAACAUUUACAUAGAAAUGGCAGCCCAGGCAGCAGCUACCACUUUCAAUGGAAACUUAAAGAAAGCACUUGCUGGUCUGAGGCGAAUUAAUCUGGAAGGUUUGAGAUGGAGAGUCUUUGAUGCUAAAGGACAGGUUCUUGGAAGAUUAGCAUCUCAAAUUUCUACUGUGAUUCAAGGAAAAGACAAGCCUACUUAUGCUCCAAAUCGUGAUGAUGGAGAUAUGUGCAUUGUGAUUAAUGCCAAGGAUGUAUGUGUUACAGGGAGAAAACUUACGGACAAGGUUUAUUACUGGCAUACAGGCUAUAUUGGCAACCUCAAGGAAAGAAGUUUGAAGGACCAGAUGGCAAAGGAUCCGACAGAAGUCAUACGCAAAGCAGUCCUACGCAUGCUUCCUAGAAACAAACUGCGUGAUGAUAGAGAUCGAAAAUUGAGGAUAUUUGCUGGUAGUGAGCACCCCUUUGGUGAUCGUCCCCUUGAACCAUAUGUAAUGCCUCCCCGAACUGUACGAGAAAUGAGGCCUCGUGCAAGAAGAGCCUUGAUUCGAGCUCAAAAGAAGGCAGAGGAGCAAGAACAAGGUGGCAACCAAGGAAAAGGCAGAAAGAAAGAAGCUAAGACAGAAGUGACAGCAUAAAGAGUGAUUGGCCUUAUGUCCUUCUCUGAUAGCCGGUGAUUUUCUGUUCUGUAUGCAACCACAGCAACUGUGGGUGUAGAUCAGCUCUUGUUGGAAUAAUAGUUUUGCUUACCAGUUGGCGAAAAAUCUUUCUAGCUUGAACAUACCAAUUCUAGUUUUUCUUUUCGAGGUGAUGAUUUUUCAGCACAGCAAAAGGUGUGGCUAUUGUCAGCACUUGUUGGCAACUCCUAAUUCUCCAAAUUCCAAACUCCAAACUACUGCUUUAAACAUGGGCAUUAAACUAUUUCUUUGUUGUUAUACCAUGAGUAAUGCUCACAGAACCUAUCUUUCUGAGACAAGAUCACGCUUCACAUUUUAUUUGACUUGAUCUCUACUCCAUGUGUGCUGUAGAAACUUCCCAUUUUUUUUCUUACUUUUUUGGGUUUAAAAAUUCCAUGGCCUUGACCUAUCAGCUUUUUCCUUGGGGAAGCUUCUAAAUGCAUUCCGGUUUUGCUCU